ACCGCGGACGCUUGCAUUCAGCUGUUUGUAUUUUUAGCGAGAACCAAAACUGCGUCCGAAUAGUAGGAAAUACCUCCGAAUUAGCCAUGAAAACGGAGUCCAACGAGAAGUGGGUGGUGUGCCGCGUCUGCCUGAACAAUCCGGCCGAGGGCGAUGAGCUGCUCCACGAGAUAUUCAGCCAAACGGCCAGCACGCGCCUGGAUCAAAUGCUGCACAUAUGCGCAGGCAUACCCGUCAGCCUGGACGACAAGUUUCCGGACAAGAUGUGCAGCAAGUGCGUGCGCUGCCUGCGGCUGUGCUACAAGUUCCGGCUGACCUGCCAGCGAUCCCACCAGCACAUCAUGGACAUGCUGCUCCGCGAGGCCAGCAAUGCAAGUGCCGCCGGCGAGGAGGAAAUCCUCAAUCUCUCGGACGACCUGACGGUGGAGAGCGUGGUCAAGACCUGGGAGGAUGACGCCAGCCAGAUGGAUGGCGGUUUCAAGGUGGAGGAAAGCGAGUUUCGAGCGAACGAGGAGGAGGAACAGGAGCAGCAGCAGCAGGUUAUCACCUAUGUAGUAGAGGACGGCGAUGAUGGCGAUACCAUUUUGUUCGAGGAAGAGAAUACCAACCAGACGGUCUACGACGUGGAGCAGCAGACGGUGAUCGAGGAGUCGGUGUACGAGGAAUAUGAAUUGCUCACCAGCGAGAGCCAAGCGUCUGAAAUUGUCCAGGAAAAUCGCUCAAACAAUAGUAAGCCGUGUCCCGAUGACGACCUGAACGAAGAUAUACUCAGUUCCGACGAGGAUUACGUGCCGGAGGGCAAGCCAGCUCCUAUAAAGCCGGCCAGUCGUCAGCGAUCGAGCAGAAAGCCCGCUCCAGUCCGACGAACCUCCGCAGAAGAUGAGCCUGCCAAGAAGAAGUUGGGCCGGAAGCCGCGCAACAAGCUGAGCAGCUACAUCUGCGACGUGUGCGGAAAUAUCUAUCCCACUCAGGCUCGUCUCACCGAGCACAUGAAGUUCCAUUCCGGCGUAAAGCCGCACGAGUGCGAGAUCUGCGGACGAGGCUUUGUCCAGAAUCAGCAGCUGGUGCGGCACAUGAACACGCACACCGGGAAUCGGCCUUACAAAUGCAACUACUGUCCAGCUGCCUUCGCCGACAGAUCCACCAAAACCAAGCAUCAUAGAAUUCACACCAAGGAGCGGCCCUACGAGUGCGACGUUUGCUCCAGAACCUUUACCUACUCGGACAACCUGAAGUUCCACAAGAUGAUUCACACGGGCGAAAAGCCGCAUGUCUGUGAUCUGUGUGGCAAGGGCUUUGUGAAGGCCUACAAGAUGCGUUUGCAUCGUGGAACGCACGAGAGACGUGGUGCUCCUGGUUCAUGGAAACCUGAUGUGGAGAUAAUCAACGAAAGCGAGGGAGUCAAGGAGGAGACGACAGAGAUGGUCAGCUAA